GCGAAACUGCAGUCGACACCGCAAACCAUUCGUAUAACCAACUCCGAGCAGUCACGUCGUUCCGGGACAGUUCCAGUGAAAUUUAAAUCAAUAUUUAAAAUACAAGAAGCAAAUAUGUCCGAGGCUUUCUUCGACGAGUACGACUACUACAACUUUGACCACGACAAGCACAUUUUCUCCGGCCACAGCGGCAAGCAGCGCACGAAGAAGGAGGUGAACGAGCACACGAACCACUUCGACCCGUCCGGCCAUUCCAGAAAGAUCGUUACAAAGUUAGUCAACACACAGAAUAAUAAGAAAGGUGGCAAACAUUAGAUGUGAAUCUAAAGUAAUUUGACUAUGGCUAGUGUAAGGACAAAUGAUAUGCCGAGCGAACGGAGGUCGUUGUGGCGGAUACCUGAAGAGGAUUCGGGUCGCCGCCUCUCUCAGAGAUCAAUGGAACAUCCGAUGCGGUUUUUGCUGACUCCGGCUCAUUACUUCGCCAGUUGCAACCACAGAACGCGCAGGAGGCCGCGUCAGCUGACCUAAGUUUACAGUGAAAUCUAUUUUGGAUUCAACAUCGUUCCAUGUGACUGAUCUCAUCUCUAAUGGGCUUGUUGUAAAGCCCAAACUUGCUGUGUUAUUAAGUCUUAGUUAGAUUAUUAUGCGUUUAAUUUGUAUCUCCAAGGUACGAGGACUGUUAUAAUAAUUUAAGAUACUUAAAUAAAGAAUUUAAUUUAUAUUUA